CUCAGUAUUCAUAACAUCGCCCACAUGGAUUGGGAUAACCUCUGCUUCAAUAUAGCCACUUCUAUAGCUGGAAUCUUCGUCCUUGACUAUGGGGCAGAUAAAUUCCUGGAUCAUACAGUUAUCGUGGGCCGACGCCUGGGCAUUUCGCCCACCCUUAUCGCUCUCUUAACAGCUGGUGCCGAGUACGAAGAGCUCGCCGUGGUCAUUGCAGCAAUUCUGCAACAUCGUACCCCACUAGCGCUAGGCAAUGUGAUGGGCUCUGCAAUUUCGAAUAUCCUUGGUGCCUUUUCACUGGGUCUCUUAUGCCAACCUGGCGGCAUGCAAUUCGAUGCUAGCGCAAAGAUUUACAGCAGUAUUUUACUCUGCAUCACUACACUAUUUGUCGCUCUGGCUUUGGCCGACCAACUGAAUAGAGUCACGGGUAUUCUGCUUAUUGCCUCGUUUGUGAUCUAUCUUCUCUCGAUUGGAUAUGCCAUCUAUAAGGGAGUUACUUCGGCACCUGAAAUGUCGGACAGUGACAGCGAUAGCGAUAGUGAUGGAGAUGAAGAGACUUCUAUAAACGACGAAGAACGAUUAUCCGGUCAAAAUAACUCAACAGUUUCAGAAAGUUCACCUCUCUUGGAGAAUACAGACUCACGACCACAGGAUGGCGAUUCAAAGCUCCCACGCCCUCUAUAUCAGCAUGUUUUCCAUCUCUUCGUUGGUCUACUUGCGCUUUCUAUAUCGGGGUAUAUUCUUGCCCAUAGUGCAGGGGCUAUAGCGGACGACCUUCAUUUGUCAGGGACUGUCUUCGGGCUUACAGUUAUUGCCUUUGCCACGACGCUUCCAGAGAAAUUCAUCUCCGUGAUCAGUGGAUUCCGGGGGCAAGGAGGCGUUGUUGUCGCGACUACAGCAGGGAGUAACAUCUUCUUGUUGACACUGUGUGUUGGCGUCGUGGCUAUCUCGGGGGUUCCUGUCGAUGGCAAAGAUACAUAUGUCUUGUUUGAUCUACAGGUCCUCUGGCUAUCUGCAUUGUGCUUUACGGUGGUUGUCUUCACUGGGCCAAGCCGGAUUGCUGGUUGGGGGUUUUUGAUUGCUUAUAUCACUUUCUUGGCUCUUGAGUUUACGGUGUAUAGGCGUUGA